AUGGCGUCACAAGCCGAAAAUACGCUUCCGGCGACGCGGCGAACGCGGAAGUCGAUAGGGGGAGGACCCCCGGCAAGGAAGUCAUUGGAUAAGGAAAAUGCGACAGCCGAUGUGGGCAGCUCGAUAGGCGGCACCCGGAAGAAGUCACGAAGCAAGAGCAUGGGACCUGGCGAGCUCGAUCCCCUUAAGAAGGCCAACGGCAACCGCAGAGCUUCCCUUGCCGUACCAACGCCGCGGUCUAUCUUGAAGCCGACAAUGCCCCUUCUUCCAGAGAUUCCGUCCUAUAAGCCGCAACAGACGUCCGGAGGCAGCGGUGCGGCGAACGAGGCCGGGGGAACUAAGGUUGCCCUGCGGACCGAGGAGGAGCAGCAGGCUGCUGCCCGGGAGCGGGAGGAACGAGAGCGUGCCAGGCUCGAGAAGGAAAUUCAGGAUAGGAGGGAUGCGAGGAGGAAGUCGCUCGCUAACCGCCGCGUCUCUUUCGCCGCCGAGGCGACAUUACACACUUUCCACGAUAUCGAGGAAAUGCAGGAUUCCACGACCUCGACCGACUCCACGCGCCGGCAACACCAACAACAGCAUUCCGACUCGGACCCUCCAUCAACACCCCCGGAUGACGUCGAAGAGCAUGUGGACGAAUUUCCGGCCAACCAGAGGGACCUGCAUCAGAGGAGGCGCCGGCGGAGCUCGGCCGCCUCCUCCAUGUACGGCUCUGACGACACCGUCGGAUCGACGGUUUACGAUUCCGACUCCGAGCAUGCCGACAGCGUAGCCGAGAUAAACGCGGUGGAAAUGGAUGGCUCCAGUGAUGAGGACGGGACCAUCAUGACGGUUGAGGCUGAGGAGAUGACAUCGGCGUCAACGAUGUCGCCUCGCUCUACCUACGACGGGGACUCUAGUGCAAGUCUGGAUGAGAACCUUCGGCUAGCCGCCCGGCGUGCUGUCACCCAGGGCAUUGGUGAAGACGAGGAGGUUAUCGCGGGCUUCGCGGGCUGGGGCAGGAAGAAUCCCUCGCGGGAAAAUGUGGAUCAGAACAGCGCAAGUGAGAGCCACGCUCCAGCGAACGGCGCUGCCGACACGGGCUCGGACACCGGCGUGGACAUGGAUUUGACUAAACCAGUGGGCGGGGUCUUGUAUCCUCAGCUUCCAUCUCCCGACAAGGAGGACGAGAUCAACGAGGACUUGUCCAUGGAUGUCACCACAGCGCUGGGCGGCAUUCUCUCGAAGGCUACGGCGUUCUUGCGCCGCAAAUCCGUCAACCCCGAUCCUCAGCCAGAGCCGAGCGAGUCCGGCGAGCAGACCAUGGAUCUCACAACCGCGGUCGGUGGUAUCCGACAGAGCAGGGUCUCUGAGGGGAGCCCUGAGGGCACGGAUGCCAACGAAGACAUGUCCAUGGAACUCACGACCGCCGUGGGCGGUCUGCUCUCGGGAAACAUUUCUAAGGGCGCUAUGCAAAGUAGUCGGCGGCAGACUAUGGCCGCCGAA